AUGAAUAAAAGUGAAGUCCUUGCAUGCUCUUUUGAGUCCUGGUAUCCCAAAUUUAAAGAAAAUACCAUUAAAAGGUAUUUUAUUGUCAAAUGCUCCAUUAGUCCUUCCAAAAAAGUAAUGCUUCAUAAUGAUUUAAGAUUGUAUCCUAGUGCUGUUUCAGUUGUAGCUGAGCGAGAUGAAUUUUCGGAUGAUUCUGAUGAGAAAUCCUGGUCAGAUGAAGAGGAAGGAGAAGAGCUGGAAGAAACGUUUUUUCCUGAAUUUGAAGAAAAUGUGAAUAAGAUUAUUGAAGAUUUAAAUGGGGAAGUAUUUCCCAAAUUCAAUUGGAGUUCUCCGAAAGAUGCAGCCUGGAUAAAUUUCGGGUCUACCCUCAAAUGCACUAAGGCUAGUGAUGUCCUUGUCCUGCUUAAAGCAUCUGAUUUUGUUGGCUAUGAUAUCUACAAACCCUUCUUCCACUGUACUAAACCAAAUGAAAAGGACUCAACACAUCCCAUAAAGUUGGUUCUUCGUCAGUGGUAUCCAAUCAGGCCUGAUGGUGAAUUUCGCUGCUUCAUUCGCUCUAAUCAUUUAGUCGCUAUCUGCCAACGUCACUAUGAUUCCUACUACAAUUUUAUCGAGACCGAAAAGAAUAAUAUCAAGGAAGCAAUCAGCAAAUUUUUCGAGCGAAAUGUCAAAGGAAGGUUUCCACUUGAAAAUUAUGUAAUGGAUGUUUACGUCAACUAUAAGUUCAAGUCUUCCAAAUGUGUGAUAUUGAUUGACUUCAACGUAUAUGGUCCACCUACUGACGGGUUGUUGUUUGAGUUUGAUGAGGUAGACAAACUUCCCCUUGACAAUGAUGUGGAAUUUCGUUGGCAAAAGGAUAAGACCCUGCGAUCUGGUGUCUUCUCUCAGUACAAACUCCCGAUUGACUUGGUCGAUAUUUCCGCCGGUAAUGAUCCCGAAAAACUUAUGGAUCUAAUACAAGCGGUAAGCUAA